CCUUUUCUGAUUUGGGGUUGUAUUUCCUCUCUUGUAGAAAGGUUCAUGGUGAGCAUACCAACCAGACAGGACUGUGAUUUACGAUGCGCUCCGACCUUCAUUGUACCUUUGAAGCUUCACACUGCACCCAAAGGCUAUGAAUGCUGCAUGAGCUGUGCAGUGAAGGGAAAUCCCAAACCUCGUAUCACAUGGCAUCGAAAUCACAUCAGUCUAAACACCAGUACCAACUAUUAUAUCUCCAACACCUGUGGAGUUUGCUCCAUGUUAAUCCUCCAUGUGGGCCCCAAAGACACAGGAGAGUUCACCAUCACUGCAGAGAACGCCCUGGGGCAGGCUGAAUGCUCCACUGUCCUCAGCGUCACAGAGUGAAGAAGCCAACUAUACAAGCAGUGUUUAUUUUUAAGUUGAGAUAUUGCACCACAUACAGG